UGUUUGUUUGCACUUGCUGCUGUUUGGGAUAUUCGGGUGGAGGAGAGGAAGGGAGUGAAGUCGGUCAGGCAGACCAAUGGUGAAGCUAGUAGAGAGUAGGAGUUGUCCUAUGCCUACGGACUCCGAGAUCUGGGAAGCCGAGUGGCGCAGGUUGUGGUCUUCCAAACUGUCCUUUCAUGCUCUGCUGGAGCUGUUACUGAAGGGAUGGAAUCGUCAAGUCCAGUAUCAUGCGGCAGUGAGGCUGAACAGCAGACUCGUUGCGGUUCGCAAGCAGGAUGCAAAAGUAGCCGAUAAGGCGCUGCAGGAGUUCCUCGAUGCGAAGGGUGAGCGUGUGCUCCAUUGGAUCUUUGUCGAUCACAGUGUUCGGCUCUCAACGUCGCUUGGGAGCAGCAGCAUGGACAUCCUGAAUCUUCUGCAGCCAAUCACCGAGCUGUCAGCGGUAAGGGAGGCCAUGAGGAAGUACGGGGAAGAGAACCAUGAUGAAAGUUGCCCCAGGAGAGUAGAUAAAGAAACUAGAGUCCAGGAUGUCGGCUGUGCGACUGCGGCUUCCUCUAGUCUCCUCGUAGAGGGUCGGCCGGAGUUAAAGGAGUGCGAGGCUUGUCGUCGUCCGGGGAGAUGGUGCCUGCAUCCUUGCCAUCCUCAGAGCUGGGAGGACGAGAUCUAUUACAUGAACAGAAUCCCUGAGAGCGAGCUCACGUGGUAUGAUCCGCGGCCAUAUCCUGAUCACGCAGAGAAUGACAGAGAUGAUUGGGAAUAUGUGGAACAGCGGUGGCAACCCCUCGAUGACGCAUCGCAGCGCGAGGAUAGCCAUGCAGGGACUGUGAAGUGGGGUGGAGAUCCGCAACGCCCGUGGAAGCUGUGGGGCCAGAACUGGGAGAAAAGGGACGUGCUUAUACCGACGGACCACCAGGUCGGGGCACUCUUGCUGGACUGUGACGUAAGCGUUGCGAUACAGAACCGGAAGAUUUUCAGGUUGGUCGAGAAACGUGUCCUCCCGCACAGCCGAGUAGUGUUUGCCACUGCCUCCUCCUCUGAUCUGUGGCUGGGAGGCCUUCUUCACCUUGUCAGCACCGUUCUCGCUGUCCCAGCGACAUGGGACGUAGAAUUGCGGACCCAAUUCCGAGAAGGCUCCAGCAUCAGGUACUUGAGGAGUCGUGUCCUAUCGGCAUUGCUGGACGGUGACUGGGCGUCGGAAGAGGUUGAAGAGCUCCCCCCAGAUGCUGGAGGGCUGGAUGACCAGUCCCUCCACAGAGAAAGAGGGAUAGGCAUGCAGGGACAGGCCUUUCGGAUAGAAAGAGGGGUAGACAUGAAGGAGAGGAGCGAGCCGUUAGACGAAAAGAAUAUAGGGUACAGCCCGCAGGAGGAAGGGGAGAAGGACCAUCGGAGUAGAGGACCUAGGCGUGCACAAGGAGGGGAUACAGACGGGUUAGACGAUGAUGGGGAAGGAGAUAGUGUUGAUGGUUCCUCUUGUGGUGAGAGUGAGUACGAUGAUGCGUAUGACGGGUUUGUGCCCGACUCAGAUGGUUACGAUGACUUCAACACGAUGAUGGAUAUGUUCACUUAUCAGAAUUACUGGGAAGACAAGCUUGGUGGACCACUCCAGCACUGCGAGCUGAAUAUGGUCGCACGACAAUUCGGCCUGGACCGCCAUCCCCUUGUUUCGGACGAGUACACCUGUAGUUCCCCGCAUUGCGAAAGAGAUUGGACGGUGUGGUGCCGGGCAAAGAUGUGUAGCGACUGCUGUCGCAAGUCGCCGCAUGCGAGGGAGUGUGGAGCUCAUUGGUGUCAAAAGGAAGGGUGCAUGGCUGCGCCAGACCUUUGGUGUGUCCGGAGAAUGUGCGCAUUCUGCUGCAAACAGUCGCAGUCAGAGUCCCUUCCCAGUGUUUGCCUGCUCAGCAGCAGUCACACGUGCCGAACGAGGUAGCAGAAAAAGAGACGAGGCACUACGAGGCGAUACAGUGUGAAUACCAUACUGCAGAGAAGGUCAUGGUGAAUUCCGACAGUCGGUCGUCAGAAUUCCCUGUAGCCUCAGCCUCUCCGGAGCAGGCAGUGACGGAGGCAGCUUGAAGC